AGAGCAGGUGUCUCUGUCGGAACAGGCUCGUUUACGGGCUCCCUCCCGCCCCGGUCAGGGGUGUGAGCUGUGAUGAAGGCUCAGCCCACGUGGUUUUCCUUCCCGCGUGCAGGAAACUUGCUUUGCGACCCACAGUAUGUCUCCAGGAUUGUCACCCCUCCUCCUCCCCAGCUCCCCACCCCCCCCGGGGGACCCGGAAGUAGACCUGCCACCCCCGACCCCCGCCCCGUGUCGUUUCAGGGCCUCGGGGGUCCGGCAGAUCGGGGAGAUGCCCCAGGGGGACCUGCACGCGGCCGUGAAGAACUGCUUCGCCGUGGUGAACAGCUCCGUCUCGGAAGGCAUGUCCGCUGCCAUCCUGGAGGCGAUGGACUUGGAAGUGCCGGUGCUGGCCAGGAACAUCCCCGGGAACGCCGCCGUGGUGAAGCACGAGGUGACGGGGCUGCUGUUUUCAGACCCUCAGGAGUUUGUUCAGCUGGCCAAGAGACUGGUCAGCGAUCCCGCGUUAGAAAGGGCGAUCGCGGCCAACGGCAAGGAAUACGUGAGGAUGCAGCACUCGUGGCGGGUGGAGAGAGACACCUACCAACACCUCCUCAGGAAGCUCGAGGAUUGAGGGGGUCCCGUCUCCCCAGAUGCCUGCGCUGGGACGCCCGGCUCGGGGCGAACCCCAGAGAGGAGGCCCUGGGCAGCUUGGUCCAGCCCAGUGCAGAUCGAGCCGGUCUCGGCGCAACCGUGGAUACGAUGGCCGUGGAGUCCCCGGGGACACCGAGUGCAUCCCAAGCCCUCCUGGGCGCUCAGGUCCCCUUCCAGGUGUUCACCCGCCGCCGGUCCUGAAGACGGUGCAGGAGCGAAGUGGGCCGGUGGGGGCGGGGAGGGGUAGCCGGUCCCCCCCGGGGGGAAUUCGGGAGGGACUUUGCUUAGCAGCUGCUCUGGGACUUUCCCACACGGACCACAGAGGCUCAUCUUCAAGAAGUCACGGCUCGGACCUCCUCACCCGGCUUCUCAGGGACCUCUACCCAUCCUCGCCAAAAGCAAAAGCAAAAGCAA